AUGCAUUUAGCGCAAUCACUUGAAGAGCUCAUUGCAUCGAGAAAUGUGCAAGAUGCGGUUAAAUUUACAGCUGCAAUGACCCAGGAGCAAAGGCUCACCAUAUCAGAAGACUUUCAAGAGCAAUAUGGCUCAAGUGUGGGAGAUCAUAUUAGAAAGCUGAUGUCACCAUCAAGUUCCACCUCUCUUCUAAUAAAUAUGUGGCUUCCUACAAAGAUACUCCGUUUGCGUGUGUUAGAGCGGAACUUUAAGGAGCUCGUGCCUCUGGAGCUAGCGCACUGUGCAAUCACCUGUCCCCAAGAAGAAUUUGUAGAGAUCUGCGACAUUUACAAUACUACGGCGAAAGCCUCUCUGUAUGCGGGGAUUCGCAGGCAAUGCAUUGGGCCAGAGCCCUGGAAGUAUCUCGUUCAACAAUGGGUCACCUUCAAUCAUGGAUCUAUAAGCAAUUUGGUUUUUCUGAGAGACCAAGCGCGUUGUGCAAUCGAAAGUGUCGACGGGAGGCUCUUCGUGGACACCAUUUUCAGCGCAGAUCGUACCGUUUGGCCAGUUGUCUGCAAAGAGUACGAAUGCCAAUAUGGAGCACCACUGAUCAAAGACCUAGCUGUGUUUGGUGAGGAUUCUGCCCCUAUUCUUUCGUUUGCAUGCUUAUUUAUCUGUGACCAAACGCUAGCAAUCUCUUAUUUACUCAACCAGUUUAUCAUGACAGGUGACAAUGAUGGCGCAGGAAUCGUAUCCGCGCUGUAUUCGGAAGAAUGGCAUGGGGUUCCUAUGGCAUAUGUGCAGUAUGGUUCUUUGAAAGAGGACAUACGUGCCAACUUCAGCUCCCGAUACACUGAGGCACUUGCAACAGUCUGGAAGAUAUAG